AUGAAAAAAAUACAUCCUAGUGAUAAAAUUAGUAGUUAAUAGAGCAAGUUUAAAAAGUCGAUGACGUUAAAGGCUCUCGGACAUAAAUAAGGAUUAAAGCUCAAGGAUAAUGAUAAACUAUUUAUGGAGGAAUUCGACAUUAUUAAGAUAUUUAAUUUGAGGCUUCAUAUCGAAAGCUUAUUAAAUUCAAAGUAUGGAAAAUAAAUAGAAACAGUCAGCUGCAUUCUUAGCUUUUUCUCAUCUACUCUUUAUAUUGUUAGUACUUAUGUGAAUAUAUCAUUUUUAAAAGAAAUAGACAUAAUUGUAAUUGUUUUGUACUCAUUUGAAUUAUGUUUGAAACUUUAUGUUUCUUAGCACAGAUUGCAUUUUUUAAUGGAAAUAUGGAGUAUUGUAGACAUCUUUUGUAUUAUUCCUAUAACUAUGCUCUUCUCUUCAGUUUAAUAUUAAUAAGGAUUUCAAAUUUAUCUCAAUAUUACUAGGAUAUUUCGUUUUUUAAGAGUAGUACGAUACAUAUAAAAAUAUUAUAAAGCUGGUGAUUCAGAAUUUAAAGGUGUUUAGAGGCAAAUUUAUAUCAUAUUCUUAACCAUUCUAUCAUUGGUAAUAAUAACUGCAGGUACUUUACUUUCUUUUGAAGCCCCUAAAAGGUAAGAAAUGAUAGAUGCUUUAACUAAUGAACAAAAAUAAUGCACUAUAUCUACAACAAAUCCUGCGACUUUCUAAGAAAUGAUAUAUUUUGUAGUUGUAAGUAUUUCUACCGUAGGUUAUGGUGAUGUUGUUCCAUAUAGCGAAAUGGGUAGAGCAACUGUUAUUGUUUUGAUUAUCAUAGUUAUUGUUAUUGUCCCUUAGCAAACGAAUGAGCUUAUAAGAUUAAUCAGCUUAUAAUCUGUAUAUGCAAGAACGAUUUACAAACCUAAUUCUGAUAUUCCACAUAUUAUUAUAUGUGGACAUGUAGAUGUGUCAGCAUUGAGGUUUUUCUGUAAUGAGUUAUUUCAUGAAGAUCAUGGCAAUUAAGAUAAAAAUGCUAUCAUACUUUAGUCCAAUAUUCCUUCAUCUGAAAUGGAGCUAUUUUUGAAUAAUUAAUAAUAUGAACACAAUUUAACUUACCUCUAAGGUAAUCCAAAAACAGAAAGAGACUUAAAAAGAGCUGCUGCAACUAAAGCCAAGACAUGUGUUAUCAUGAUAAACAAGUAUUCAGGUGAUUCGACUAGUUCUGAUCACAAAAAUAUCAUGACAGGUUUGUGCAUCAAAAAGAUAGUAUACCAUUUAACAAGAAAUAAUUUAAAUCUUUGCAUGUAAUUAAUCAAGCCAGAGAGCAAAUUUCACUACCUUUCAGCCUUAAGCUAAAAAUCGACUGAUUAGUUGAUAGUUGUUGAAGAAAUAAAAAUGAAUUUACUUGCUAAAUCAUGUUUCUGUCCAGGGAUUAUUUCUUUGAUAGGGAAUUUAAUUUAAAGUACUAGUGCAGAAGUGACUGACAACGAACCAACAAAGUGGAUAAGAGAAUAUAAAAAUGGUUUAGGACAUGAAAUGUAUCGCACUACACUUUCUGUAACAUUUAGUGGUUAAACAUUUUCAACAAUAGCAGCUAAAGUUUAUGAAAAAUUUCAAGCAAUUUUACUUGGAAUGGAAAUAGACAUCGAGGGCUAAACAGUCAUAAGACUGAAUCCUGGGUCAUACAUAGUGAGAAAUACUCCAGAAAACAAUGUUCAUGUUUAUAUUAUUUGUGAGGAUAAAAAUGUUGCAGAUAAAGUUGCAAGCUAUUAAAUGUCAGCCUAAGAUUUAAUUGAAUUUAACCAAAAGAAGUUACUCCAUUAAAAAAAGGAAAAAAAUGAAACUCAAGCUUUCGAAAGCGAUUAUUAGCAGCCUUUAAAGUUUUAUAAGAGUAUGAUAAACGAUAUUGACUCAAUAGCUAAUGAUUAUGUAGUCUUAGACGAAUCUAUUAGUUUAAUGUAAGCAACCGAAAAUUCCACUGAUGUGAAAAACCAUAUCCUUCUCUGUGGGUUUCAUCCAUCUAUUUAUUAUUUUAUAUUACCUCUAAGGGCUAAAUACUUAAAAGAAUACCAGCAUAUAGUCAUUCUUAGUGAUCAAAAGCCUACUCAAAUGUGGGAUUCUAUAUCUCGCUUUCCUUUCAUCACUUACAUUUAGGGCUCUCCAUACGUAAAGUAAGAUUUGAUUAAUGCUAAUGUAGCUUAUGCAGAUAAGGCAGUAAUUUUAGGAUAGGAAAUGACUAAUGAAUCUAAUAAUAACGAGGCCUUGGAUUAGAUGCUUGAUUCUGAAUCUAUAUUUAUUUAUAAAGCAAUUUAAAAGUUAAAUCCAAAAAUUCAAAUUAUGAUAGAGUUGGUUUAUCCUUCAAACAUUGAAUUUUUAAUUCCUUAAGAAGUCAGUCAUGACGAAAGUUUCAAGAGUGAAUUAACACCUCUUUAUGCUGCUGGAGAAGUAUACAUUUCAACUAUGGUAGAUGCACUUACAUGCUAAACUUUCUAUAAUCCUCACAUCCUUACUAUCUUUCAGCAAAUCCUUACAGGUGGUAACCACUCAUAAGAGCAAAGUCUAAAUAAUGAAAUAGAUAAAAUCAAACAAAGUAAUUUAUGGUAGAUUCCUGUACCUGAAGACUACUAUAAUAAAACUUUUGGUCAGCUCUUUCAUUACUUAAGUGAAUAAAGAGACUUAAUUGCUCUAGGACUAUACAGAUUAUCAGGAGCUCUUGAUAACAAGCAGCCAUAUACCUAUACUAACCCAGACAGCGAUACAAAACUGACUCCAAGAGACAAAGUUUUCGUGCUCUCUUACAAUAUACCAAAUGAUUUGAUUGGCAAAUCUGACAAUUUAAUGACUUACACCAAAGACAAAUUUUAUCAAAUGCUCAAACAAGAUAACAUGGUGAGGCAACCCCCGUCUUAGAAUAAAAUGAGUUAAGAUAAUUUGCAAGGAAAACAAUAACUAGCCUUAACUGGAGUUGAAUCCUUAGUUUCUAAUUUAAACAAAAACAAUUUUAAUUUUGAUCUUGAAAAUCUCAACAUAAGCUCCUCUUCCUAUUUAGCAUUAGAAUAAUUAAACAGUCAGCUCAAUGAACUCGAUAAAGACAUAAAUGAAAUGAAAUCUUCAAUAGCAGCCAAUAAUGAGAAAAUAUUGCAAUUUUCUAGAUAAUCUUUGCAGCAAGAAAUUGCUCAAAAUUAAAAUAAUAACAAUUCUUUGAUGUACUGA